CUCUCUCUAUAUAUCACUACCUGUUCACGUUUUUGAAAAGAACAAAGCUUCUGUCAACUUUAUCAGAUUAGUCCUUUAGCAAUAAAAGAUAAAAGUGUAAACGUAGCUCGCGGCAAUUACGUGAAAGUGUCACCUUCAGUCCACCUUGCCACACAAACAAAUCAUUUAAAAUAUUCACAAAGAUUUCUGUGUAUAUGAAACGAGUUAUAGUGAACGUGUGCGAAAUAUCAAAGAAUUUUACUGAAAGAAUUUUCUAAGUACGAAAUAUUGUGCCUGUAAUUGCCAUGAGUUCUAUAGAGGGAAACAAUGUUGGAGAUACAGAAACUGAAUUAUUUAAUGCAAGUAUAUUGGAGCGAUUAUCCUUGUCACAGAUUGAGGGUUUAUUAAUUAGGCCUUUAAAAUCUGAUGAUUAUGAUAGAGGUUUUUUACAGCUAUUGUCUCAGUUAACUGAAGUUGGAAAUGUUAGUAAAGAACAAUUUCUAAGCCGUUUUCAUAUGAUGAAAAGUACAGGUAGCUAUUAUAUCAUUGUGAUAGAGGAUAUAAGCAUUGGAAAAAUAAUAGCAACUGCAACAUUAGUUGUUGAACAGAAGUUUAUUCACAACUGUGCUCUCAGGGGACGUUUAGAAGACGUAGUGGUAAAUAAUAAAUAUCGGGGUAAGCAUUUAGGAAAACUAGUAAUAAAAGUUAUAUUGCAAUUAGCACGUUAUUUGCGGUGUUAUAAAUUAUCAUUGGACUGUAAAGAUCACCUUAUACCAUUUUAUGAAAGUUUAGAUUUUAAACGUGAACCAAGCAAUGCUAAUUAUCUCAAUAUGAGAUUCCCCAAUGAAAAUACUACAGAACAAUCUCAUUUAUGACAUUGA